AGGAGGGGAGGGACAGAGGGAGUUUGGAGGUAGUGGAUGGUGCAAGAUUCCUGGCUGGAGAGAGACAGAGAGAGGGAGAGAGAGAUUGAGCAUGUAUAUUUGGACUCACAUGGGGAAGCGAGAAUGCAUGAGGUAGGGAAGUUUUGAAGGCUGCCAAUGUAGUGAGGACCCGUUCCUUCUUUGGAAAAACCGGCGAGUGGUCACCUCACCCUUCCUCGUCGCCGAUGUCCUCUCUGAGGUGCAGCCGAGGCCGUCGAGUACGACAGACAUGAGAGAAAGAGAGAGAGAGAGGCGACAUCGAUCGAUAGGCUCCGUUGUCUUCGAAAAGCACAAAAGGAAAGGCCGUCCAAUCGCUGCGAUUUCUGCGGGCAUCGAUUGCACCUCUCUUUCUCUCUCUAUCUAUCUCAUUUUUGCUGUGUGUUGUGUGCUGGGUGGCCGUUUUGCCUGUUGAUCACUAAUCAUUGUCCUCUCCCCCUUCUAACAAGACCCGAAGCAACCCCUCUUCUCUCUUUCUGGUUUUCUAACUUUAAUCCUGUGAGCGUCCUUCUUAUUACCAGUGGAUUCGUCCCCAUACCAACAGCCAUACCCUUUCUCUUCUCUCUCUCUCAAUCUCACAGUAGAGAAAAGAAGGAUGGAAUUCAUCUCCUCGUCUGAGCACCUUUGUUAUGUUCGUUGCAACUUCUGCAGCACCAUUCUUGCAGUUGGUGUUCCCUGCAAGAGGCUUCUUGACACAGUGACAGUAAAAUGUGGGCACUGCAGUAAUCUUUCUUUCAUAACCACAAGGCCUGCUCUUGCUCCUCACCUUCCUCCUCCUGCUGCUGCUCCCGCUCCUUCUCCUUCUCCCCAUCCUCCUCCUCCUCCUCGUUCCCACAGCUUCCCCGGCUCACUUAGCCUCCUUCACAUCGGUCUGCAACCAACAUCGUCUUCAUCAUCGCCAUCAUCAUCACCUGCGGCCAGUGAUGACAGCGUCCCCAGGGUGCAUCAUGUUGUCAAGCCUCCCGAGAAGAAACACAGGCUCCCAUCAGCAUACAAUCGAUUCAUGAGGGAGGAGAUACAACGAAUUAAAGCAUCUACUCCACAAAUCACUCACAGAGAAGCGUUCAGCAUGGCAGCUAAAAAUUGGGCGAGGUUUGAUCCCCAGUUGCUACUUGGAUCGGCAUCUGAAACAGGCAAGCAGGUUGGUUCAAGUACUCAACAAGAAAGUUCUCAUAUCACCAAGUGAAGCAGUUGGUCGUCGCAGGACAGCUUUGCGUUUUGUGUCUAGUAGGUUGUGCUUCAAAUGGCAGUUCCAUAUAGAUGUGAUCUAUAUAUCUUUUCACUGUAUCUUUCCUUUUCCCGGCAGGUGGAAGUUUUGAUCGUUUCCUUUUAAUCUAUGUAUUGUGUCAUUUGUUCGUCA